AUGCUAUUCAGGACCCUGUUAUUGGUAUUGUCGGUCAGCUGCAGUAAAGGAUUUGUCCUCCUUGAUCACCGUGCCGAAACCGGCUUCCAACGGUGUUCCUCAAGACAUCAUCUGAUUUGCGUCCUUGCCAAGACUGAUGAGGAGAACGACAGCAGAGUUGAGAUUGUGGAGGACGAGUCAUACGAACCGCAGUAUGGAGUUAGCUUCAUUGGGGGUGACCCUUGUGGAUCCAAAUACAACACGGAUCCUCACGACGUCAAGGUCGAGAAGCCAGGAAUGCCAGACUCCAUGAAGGCAAGGAUCCAAGCGCUUGCAGACAAAAGAAAGCAAGAAGAGGAGGAGAAGCAGAAAAGAGAGCUUACUGGAGCAAGAAUUGGAUGA